UCGACAUAAUGGACAAAGAUGUUUCCUGGCUGUGAACGUAUUUAAACAUUGCCAUGGGGAAGAGUUUGGACUGAAAGACAGAGAGAUUUGAUAACAUAGUGGAAGAGACAGAAGCCUGGAGGUGAAGACAUGGUCAUCACUGAUAGAAACACCGCUACCCCUGUACCUAAAAAGGAGCCUCAGAAGAAGACGGGGAGGAAGUCUCGCCCUCAUGGCCUGCCCUCUCCGGCACUCUGCUGUGCCUGUGGCCUAUGCAUCAUGCUGGCUGGACUCAACAUCACCCUGGUUGGAGCGUUCGCCUUCAGCACACUGGUGCCUUCUGCCAAUCCCCCGAUCAUCAUCGGACCUAUCCUCCUGCUGGUGGCCUUUUCCUUUUUCGGGGCCUGUUGCGUGUGUAGCCGCCUCCCCCCUCCCCACAGCUCACGGAGGUCUAAGGUGGGCAGCAGAGGUGCAGGGCUGAUGGGACAUGGCGGGCUGGCCGGUGGGGCAACGUUUGAAAUAGAGACCAGCGAGCACACACUGCAGGAUACUACAGCUGUGCAGCUAAGCCCCACAUCCUCCCCUGGAUCCUCCCAGGCAUCCAGCCCAGAAAAGGAGCCUCCUGACGUGGCCCUACCAGGACACUGCAAUCUUUUCACCAUGGAGACCAACGGCCCUUCUGUUUCCGCCACCGCAGUCUACUCAGCCUCCACAGAAGCAGGAGGGGAGGUGAAGCUCAACCUGCCACGUGAAGAAGUCGCCUAGCAAAGCAGAAUCUCUUCCAAUACCGGAGUGAUACCAGUGUAAAUAUCCUUCUGGGUAGAGGGCUUGCUGAGUGUGAUUGUGUCCUCUAUUUUAUGUAGUGCCAUAUUUCUGGUUGUGAACAGUUUGCUUUGGAUUUUCUUGUUGUGCAGCCAACUGGUAAUUAGCAUGCAAAGUUGAUGAAACAUCCAAGUGUUUGUGGAUCAUAGGUUUUGGAAGUCAAAUUCCUACCUCUCUUGUGCGGUUUUUUUUCCUACAGGUCUUUGGUUUUAAAGUAGGGCAUUAUGAACAGUUUUCGUUUAGAAAUAUAAUAAAAAGUGUCGGAAACCAUAAACAUUUAUAUUCCACUGUUACUCUGAUUUGUUGUAGCCUCAGUGGUCGGCAGUGAUUUCAGAGAGCUGGAUUGAAAAAUGUGAUUGUCUAUUUUUUUCUGAAAACUUAAAGAUCAUAUGUGAAAGGUCAACAGUGAACUGUGCAGGUACAUUUGUGGUGACGUCUGGCAUUUUGUGUGUCAUUCUCAGUGGUGAACCUGUUUUGGGGGCAUUAGAUAUUAUAGGUCAUAGGGGUCCCAAAGCAAUAUCCUCUCACUUAACAUUACAGUCUCCGGAUUUAUAGUUCUUUUUACAAGUAAGUGAUAACACACUGCUUGUCAGCCCAUACAUUUGUAAUGAACAACAGUGCACAUAGAAUAGUGUGUUGCAGUAAAAUAACAUGUAACUGUGUACAAGUGUUACCUGUAGUUUGUCAAACAGCUGUCAUCACACCAAUAUUUAUACUGUGAAUAUGUUUCUCAGUGCAUUGCUUUCUGAUUUCACAUGAAAGCAAUGCAACUCUUGUUUUUUCAGUUUCAUUUUUUUUUUUUCCAAACUUUAUCUUGAUUUUUCCUGUCAAAGUUUGAAUAGGUAGGCUACAAAAUCACAAGUAACAUUUCACAUUGCCACCCCCAUGCAUACCAGGGCCAACGUACAUAAAUACGUACAUCAGACAGACAUACAUACAUACAUACAUA